AUGAGGGAGAAGUGGUCAGUCACUGGUGGAGAACUUGAUAUUUUAAUACUGUUUGUUUUCAGGAAAUCCAUUCACCAGAAGUUAUUGGAACUUUAUAUUGAAGAAACUGGUAAACAAUCAGAUGAAAAGAAAUUACAGUGUAACACACAUUUGCUGAGAAAGUUAGUGCGACGUGAAAAAUUGAACUGUUUGAUAUUAAACCUGUAUCCUGGUAACGAUGGUUACUCUUUGAUGUUGAGAAGUAAAACUGGUGUAGAAACUGAAACAUGUAAACUUCCCUAUGAGGUGACAGAAUUGCUAGACUACAUAGAUGAUUCAGAGCUUCCUCCAUUCCUUGUAGAUGUGCUGGAGAAAGCACAGGUGAAUGUUUUCUACAAUGGUUGUGUGAUAGUGGAGGUGAGAGAUUUCAGACGUGCUACUAAUGGAACAUUUGAUAUGCAAUAUGUUCUCCUUAAACCAAAUACACAGGUAAUGGAACAUUUGAUAUGCAAUAUGUUCUCCUUAAACCAAAUACACAGGUAUGUAAAGAAGUAUAACCAGUCUGCUGCCAACAGGAAGCGAAAAUUUGCUGCAUGUAGUGCACCAAGUGAACUCAAACUUCAUGAUUUCAUCAGUAAAAAGAAGGAUAAAAAGACGAGCAGUAAAUUUGGAAAAUCUGCAGUUGACUACUGGAAACAAAGUCCUGUAAUAUUAUCAGCACCAGAAAGUGUGGAUGUGGAGAGGUUUGCUAAAAUCAUGGAAAAACCAGAGAAAAACAGUGUUAAAGACAACACCUUGAAUCUAGUAGAAGAGCAUGUAUUAGAGAGAGAUGGUAUGCAGGAUAAGAAGUUACUGGCUAAACUGACCAUUUACCAUCGUCCUGGUGAUGAUGCUCAUCUAGGUGAACUCUACCUCGAUCAUGACUACAUAGAGGAGAAAUCUAAGGGAGCUACCUGCAGAUUUCUGCUUGGAAAUAAAGAUUCAGUCAAAAAAUAUUUAGAUCAGUUUCGGGAGAUAUUUACAGAGGAAGGUCGAAGGGCUGUUAAGAUCACCACACAGAGACCGGGUCAGGCUCCUAUAGUAACCUGUACACAGACAACACCAACAACCAUUGCCACAGCAACAGUAAACCAAACUGCUACCAAACCUGUAUCUACUGCUGCACAGGCUGUUGAGUUAUCUCAAAGUGCUACUAUGAGUCUAGGUAGUUUAAAGAGAUCUAUGCCUAUACAGUUAUCAUUGUCUAUAGGUCCUACCUUAGGUACAGCCCAGGCUGCACAGCAGAUCCAGCAAGCAGGUACAUCUAGUCAGGCAGCCAAUCAGAUUCAACUUAACAUGCAGUCUUCAUCCAUCAACCAAUCACCAUUAGCGACACAGAGAUUACAGCAAGCUAGCCAGUCACAGUCUGCUUCUCAGAGGUUGAAACAGCUUGGAAUACACACCAGUAUAGCUUCCAGAAACAACACACCAACAGCUAGUCCUGUCACCUCACAGCCUCCUAUUGCACAACUAUUUGGCAGCCCACCAUCAGCAAGUGCUGGUGGAGUUCAGAUGUUACCCCAGCAACAAGCAGUUAGCACAAGAACACCUACACAUACCCCAACACCCACACCUCCACCCUCCAUUGUAUCCCCUCCUCCACAGAACACAGGCUUGGUGAGGAAGUCAAGCCUUACAGCAGAGUCCUCCACCAUACACCAUAUGGCACAAACAACACACCAGGCUAAUGUUUCUAGUAUAGUACAAGGUGAAGGUAAUACAUCAGUAUCAACGAGCAUCAGUCAUCAGCCACAGGGUGUGGCCAAUAUCAACAUUGCCAACAUAACAGGUAUACCACCUAACAUUAACAUACAGAAUCUCACUGGCCUGCCGGGUAUGAACAUUGCCAAUCUACAGGGACUACAAAACAUGCAGGUAUCCCUGUCUUUACCUGGAGGAAGUAUAGCAGUACCUAUCAGUAUGAUAAACACUAACUCGGCCUUGUUACAGAAUCAACAAGGAAUUCUAGGAGUUUCUUCUGGCGGUUCCUCAUCUUCUAAUACACCUAGCGGUGUAACAACAGUGAUGUCUGUGAAUCCUAGUCAAUCAACUGUUGUUUCCAUGGUAACUCAAUCAUCAGCACUGUCUCAUGCUGUAGCUACUACAUCACAUAUUGUCACAGGGGUGAUUAGUCAGUCCAGUAAUGUCAUACCAGGAACAAGUAUGUUGUCAGUACCAAUUAACUUGGCCGGUACUCAGCUCGUACCAGCUGGUCUCAAAGCAGGCAACCAGACAAUAAGAAGUUCCUCAUCCAUACCACUCCAGCUACAGUUUGGUCAGCAGGGCAUUCAGUUUGUAAACUUACAGCAACAACCACGACAACAAAUGAAGGCAGGAACCAGUCUUCAACAGAAUCAAACCCUCACCCAAGUUGGUGUUAAACCCUCCACCUCUAUACAGGGACCUCUUACUACAGCAAUAUUACCUACUCAUGGUCCAGGGCAGCAUGUGUUAUCACAGAUCCCUGUGGGUAAGAGUGGUGGGCCAGCAGGUGGUAUUACAACAACAUUAACACAUCAACAACUUGUACAGCUUCAACCCCAGUUCCAGGCUCAACUACAGGCAUUUAAGAAUACAAGUCAAGGACCCCAGCAACAACUUCAGUUUCACCAGAUAUUAAAACAACCUGUUGUACCCACACAACCUAACAUAUCAUUUGGUGGGAAACCUAAAAACAAGAAGAGGACAACGCCCACUCCUCCAAAAUAAUGCAUCAUUCACUUUUGCAAUAAACUGUGAAUUAUAAACAAUCUUUGGGAUGUUAAAGCUGUAGCCAAAAUAUUUCAAGAAUAUUGAACUUGAGAAAAUGUACUAAGAUUUUAAGAAAAGUAUAAAUAUAAAUUAAGUGAUAAUGGACGUUAUGUGUGAUUAAAGACAUUUGCAAUAUUUAUCGCUAUAUUUUGUCAAGCAGUAACGAUAUUUUGUCAAGCAGUAACGGCUAUUUUUACAUUUUUUUAACCUCUGUUUUUGGUAAUUUAAGUGAACUGUACAUGUAAGUGCUGUUUGCUAUAUGUAAAUUACUUUCUUUGUUCACUUCACAAUAUUUAAUUUUUUAAUACCUUUACAAAAUGUUCAUGAAAAUUAGCAUGAAUCUGGAGGUGUGCUGCUUUAAGGAAAACAGUCAGUGAGCAUGUUGUUGUAGGAUGAAAUAAUGAAUACUGCAGAUUUAAGUGAAAAUUGCAAAUGGUUAUGACUGACUUUAUGGGGAAAUAAUCUGGUUUUUGUAACAGUUUAUUUGAUUUGAGUGAGCGGUAACAAUGGCUGACUUGAAAUCCCUUACUACUAAAUUAAGUGAGUUGAAAUAAUUGAAAUUAAUAGCUUCUCUCAAUUAAGUGAGUUGAAAUAAACUGCUAGAGACAAUUAUAUCUUGUAAGGAAUCUAUCUAUCUAUCUUACUGGCUUACAGGAAUACCAAUAUGAAUGUUAACGCAUGAAGUUAAAACAUGGAGGGACACUUACCUUUCACCUCUUGUUCAGCUGGGAUGUUACCACUUCAUUGUUGUGUAAGAUGAUUUGAAAAUGUGAAGAAUGGAAAGUCUUGGUAUAGUUUUGAGAGGUGUUCAAUAUCAAAUUAAUAAGAUUUAGAAGUUAGUGAUGUAAGAUGUUUAUAGUAAAGUUAAAAUUUUGCUUGAAUUGUACUUUGAAAUUUACAUUUUCUAUCACUACUUUUAGAUAUGUUUUUAUUUUAGUAUGAUAUUAUAUGUACAUUUUCUCGUAAUUUGAUUGUAUUUAUAUGUGUUUUAAGAAUGCAAAAAGUUUUAUAUUUGGCUGUAUAAAGAUACAGUAUGAAUUUUUUAUUAAUGUUUUUUUGUUAUUGAUAUAUAUUCUUGAUUGACUGUCUAUUGCAGUGUAUAUUGUCAACUGAGGAAUAAUAAGACAUAAUAGAUGAAUGAUUAAGCAUUGCAUGUUACUAUUUAUAGCUCAUCAGAGCACAUACUGCUCAUGUGACCUGUCAUGGACUGUUGUCUACAAUUGCUUCAAAUAUCAUUCAGAAAUAACAGAACCAAAGUUGAUAAAGCUUGCUGAGAAUGUUUUUUGUUUGACGGUUAACUAAAGUUGUUCAAUGAAUACAUUCAUAUUGAACCUGGGUCACAGAUGUUGAAAAUUGAUUUUGAAAUAGAAAAUUUUAAAAUCCUUUAAGUUAAGGUAUGUUGUAUGAAGCAUUGUCUAAUGGGCCAAAUGAGUCUACUAAGGUUCAUACACGAAAAAUUAAAAAAAAAUGAUAUUUUUUUUAGUAGCCAAUCAGUCCCAUGUUAAAUUACUGUAUUAACAUCAUGAUCUAGAUGUUCUCUAUUAAGUCUUUGUAAUUCAUUGACCCUGCCUCCCGGGUGACUCUGUUUGUUAUAGAAUCAUGUCGGAAAAAAAAUAAAAAUCUCCUCUGAAACAGCAAGGCAAACAACUUUGAUAUUCAGUUCAUUGUUUUGUGUGAUAAAUCUCUCCAAAAUCUGUACCUUAGUCAAAUUUGGCUGUAUCAAAUGUGCUACUUGAAUUUAACAUAAAAACCAUAAA